AUGCCCGAUACCACCAUGAACAGUCCUCCAUACGUACCGUACCAGGCCUACAAGUCCAAGAGACACACGAGAAACCAGUCCAGCCAGCCAGGCUCUAAUGGCACGUCUUCCUCCCCGCAGCUUCGCCCGCAAACACCUACGUCCAUUACCACCAAUGGUCACUCUAUGUAUGAGCCUGCCAUCCAUCAGCGAUCCGAAAGUCUGGGAGGGGUAGAACAUCAACAUCGUCCACGACCUUCCAACGGGGCGAGCAUACCUCGACCUGCCUCGAUGGUAGAGGCCCUGUCGAACCACGAGCAUCCGGAGCCAUUGCAUUUUGACUACGUCACAUAUUCUCCGACUGCAAAUUCAUUUUCUGCGAAGGCAUCGCCCACAACCCCAUCCGAACCCCCUCGUACUCCGCCAUCGCCCAUAACGAUCCCGCCAUCACUAUCGAAGGCUCUUGUGACAAAUGGUGGUUCGUCGGUAACUAUACCGCCUGUUGCAGGUCCUUCCAGUAUGACUACUUUGUCUCUUACAAGACAGCCUGGUCCGACAUCCCGCAAGACUUCGACAUUCCGGCAUGUACCACUACGCGCAAAUAAAACGCGACCAGCGCUGCCCUCAUCUCCUCUUCGCCCGGUGGAUGCUCAUGCGCGCACGUCAUCCAAUGCGUCUAACAUCUCUCACCAAAUUGACCAGUCGUGGCCGGCGCCGACGUCCAGCCAGGGCCCGUCGGAAGCCUCUUCGCCUGUUGUGCACAAUGAGAGGGCUCUACCCGCGAUACCCACUAUUGAGCUUCCUCUCCUGCCUCCGCCUCCAUGCCAGGAUCCGGAAGGACACGCAACUUCUUUCCAGCCGUCUCCGAGUUCUGCUGUUGCGCCGCCUCGUUCAGCACCACUAGGUCAGUUCCACAGCUCGUCAACCAUCUCUUCCCCGUCGCCUAUGAUUACCACGUCGUCUGUAUCCUCUUCACCUCCGCCUCGUACAAUUCCUCGGUCAUCAGCACUCUACCGGCCUGGUUUUCAACCAAAGGGUGUCUACAGACCUCGAACUGAUGAGUUCAUGGAAGCGCGUAAUAACCAUAAGGAUGUUGGGCGGGUCGAGCGCACGCGACUUGAACGACGACUUGAAAAGCUGAUCAACCUACAUUUUCCUCUUGGGGGACACGAGUUGAAGGAAAAGGAAAAGGUCUCACAGGUUGAUGAGCGUCGGUCAAGACAGAGUAACAAACGCCUAUCAUCAAUUUUCGAUAUAGACUUCUCGGAGCUGAGGAGCAAGAGUGCAAGCGAUCUGUGGAGGGAUGUGCUGCAGUCUCAAGUCGCGCCAGGAGUGAAGAACGACAUACGAGCUGCGGAACAAACCAUCACACCGUGGGAGGAUGAUGCGAAGGUGUCACAGUGCCCGUUAUGCUCAGCUGCAUUCCAUCCUCUAACAAAUCGCAAACAUCACUGCCGUUUAUGUGGUCGAAUCAUAUGCUCACUGCCUAUCAAGUAUCCCCAGCGCCCACAGUCAUGCUCGCUGUUGUUCGUCGUAGACUCUAAAACUGGACGCAUUGAAGAAGUUAGCGAGGGUGUUGAUUACGGCGUACGACGGCGAACUACCUCCUCUUCACAUGGUAAGAGGGGGAAAGAAGAUGCCGUUGGUGAUGACGAGAAGUUCUUAAAAGGUGUCAGGAUAUGUCGAGAUUGUCAGCCUGUCCUUCUCCGAGAGCAGUACAAACAGGAGGUGCACAACGUGCCUAUUUUCUUCAAGUUAUAUGAUGCUUUCAUUGGCAUCGAGAAGGAAAUAGAAGAUGCUCUACCUCAAUUUCAAGAACUUAUGUUGAGCUUGAGUAAACAAGAACGGCCAACGCCAGAAGCCUCUGCCGCCCGGAAACGGUUGCUUGAGGCGUUCGGCCAGUAUGACGUCUUGGCUAAACGAAUACGACAGCUCCCGUGUCCUGGUGGAUCCGGUGGUUCCCAAGAUCACAUUCAAGCUGCCGUCCAUACACGUGCCAACCUAUUUCUGCAAAAACAUAUGUUCCCUCUACAGUCGUUGCCGAAGUCGAAGAAUAGUCCUAAAUCUCAAGCUUCUUCACAGCCGAAUGAGCAGGGCAUUGAUCUUGACUCCGAAGUCGCUCGUGUAUUGCAACCCUUGCUUGAGCAAGAAGCCCUACUGGAAUCUUUUGUUGAGGAGGCAAAGGCUCACAGGAAAUUUGAGGAUGCCAAAACCUUGAAGAUCAGCUUACAGGAGAUAAGAGCAGAAAUCAAUAGGGUUAUUGUCAAUGCUGAGGCAGGAAUGGGUAGUCAAGAUCAAACAAAGGCAAGAGGACAAGGAUCUUGA